AUGUGGCACAAAAUUCAGAUAUUGCUCUUAUACUGCAUUGCCAGUGAAGUUUCAAUGACAAAACGUCUUGAUUCUAGAAGAGGUUUCCCCCAAGGAGUUUACUCUGUAAAAGACAGUGGUUCUGCUAAGUGGAACAGGAUUACCAGGAGUCUGUAUCAGGGAAGUUCCUGCAGGAUACGAGGCUGUUGCACAGGAAGAGAUGAUGACUGCAGCUUCACCAUUGUCUCCAGAGGAGCUAUAUGUUACUGUGACCAGUACUGCACCUCGGGCUCUCCUGGGCCUGUCGACUGCUGUACUGACUACUGGGAUGUCUGCAACCGCCCCGUGGAGCCCACCAGGUCAGAGGAGCCUUGGCCACCUCCAGCAUGGGGUUGUUAUAAAGAUGGCCGAUAUUACGGAGAAGGAACAAUAAUUAAAGACAACUGCAAUUCCUGCAAAUGUUUCAACAGUCUCUGGAAAUGUUCAACAGACGUAUGCCUUGUUCGCCAAGACUUAAUUCAGCACAUCAAUUCUGGAGAUUUUGGAUGGAAAGCUGACAACUACAGUCAGUUCUGGGGAAUGACAGUGGAAGAAGGUUUCAAAAAGCGCCUGGGCACUUUCCCUCCAUCUCAUUCUUUGCUGAAUAUGAGAGAAGCUCCUGGUGAGUCACUUCCAGAAGAAAAGUUUCCUGCAAUCUUUUCAGCCAUUUAUGAGUGGCCUGAUUGGAUUCAUGAUCCUUUGGAUCAGCGAAACUGUGGAGCAUCCUGGGCUUUUUCAACCGCAAGUGUUGCAGCAGAUAGAAUAGCAAUUCAUUCAAAGGGUCAGAUCACAGACAACCUUUCUGCUCAGAACUUGAUCUCUUGUGAUACCAGGAAUCAACAUGGAUGCAAUGGUGGAAGCAUUGAUGGUGCCUGGAGAUAUCUGAAAACACAUGGGGUUGUAUCAUAUGCUUGUUAUCCAUCAUUUUGGAACAAACACCUGGGGCCAUCAGCUGAAAAUCAGUGUUAUGUGUCAAGUGAAUAUGGAAAAAACCAUACAAAUGGGCCAUGUCCCAAUGCUUUCGAAAAAUCCAAUCGGUUAUACCGGUGUGCCUCUCACUACAGGGUGUCCUCAAAAGAAACUGAUAUAAUGAAAGAAAUCAAGGAGAGAGGACCAGUGCAAGCUGUAAUGAAAGUAUAUGAAGAUUUUUUCCUUUACAAAGAGGGAAUAUAUCGACACUCCCAGAAAGCAGGAUCUAAAUGGAAAACUCAUUCAGUCAAACUCCUUGGGUGGGGAGCAUUACCUGACAAAAAUGGACAGAAACAGAAAUUUUGGAUUGCUGCAAAUUCCUGGGGAAAAUCUUGGGGAGAAAAUGGUUAUUUCAGGAUUCUUCGUGGACAAAAUGAGUGUGAUAUUGAGAAGCUGAUUUUAGCUACUUUGGGACAACCAUAG